AUGGCAGACGAACAAAAUUUAACAAAGGACGGUGAGUCCGACAAUGUCGACUUGGGCUCAACACAAGACGGAGAAGAAUACAAAAGUACGGAGAAAGCACAUACUUCCAAUAGCAUCGGUGAAGCUGCUAAGCAAUCCUUACCCGCUGGUACUGCCGAUCUUCACCAAAACGAUAGCGGACAUGCUGAUGCCGAAGCACCUCCUGCCAACAUUUCCAUGCGUGCACUUAUCGUGACUGGUGACGCAAGUAUCAUCAUCGGUAAAGCUGGUAAACAUAUCAACGAAAUUCGUGAAAAGAGCGGCGCCAAAUUGACAAUCAGCGAAAGCUUGCCUGGUAAUCCAGAACGGAUUCUCACUGUUGCAGGUGCUUUGGACGCAGUAAGCAAGGCGUUUGGUUUGAUCGUUCGACGGAUUAAUGAUGAGCCAUUCGAACAAGCAUCCAUACCCGGUAGUCGAGCCGUUACAAUUCGCUUCAUCGUACCUCAUUCUCGUAUGGGCUCCGUGAUCGGAAAACAAGGUACAAAGAUCAAAGAGAUCCAAGAAGCAAGCGGUGCACGAUUGACGGCUGCUGAAGCCAUCCUUCCCGGUAGUACAGAACGUGUGUUAAACAUUUCUGGUGUUGCUGAUGCCGUUCACAUCGCUGUAUACUAUGUUGGAUCGAUUUUGUUGGAACAUCAAGAUCGUGCAGCCAACAACCUCAUCUAUCGUCCAACUCCAGGCCCAGCACGGGCAACAGCUCCAGCUUACGGUGCUGCUCCAGCUGCGAUGCCAGCAUUCAACUUUGCUCCCAAUGCAAUGCCACCCAUUCAAGCCGGCAACUUUGGCGGUCCAGGUGGGUCACAAAUUCCUCCCGGAUCGCAAACGCAACAGAUCUUUGUACCUAAUGAUUUGGUCGGUUGCAUUAUCGGUAAAGGUGGUCAAAAGAUUAACGAAGUUCGACAAAUGAGCGGAAGCCAUAUCAAAAUUAUGGAACCUGGCGCAGGUGUCGCAGCUGGUGGAGCAGGUAAUGAACGUUUGGUCACCAUCACAGGACCGCCUGCCAAUAUUCAAAUGGCCGUUCAGCUACUCUAUCAACGUUUAGAACAAGAGAAAUUGCGUUUAGCAAACAAUCCUCCUCGUCAAUGA